CCUAGCAAUGCCUCUGCUCUAUCAUUAACCAUUGUCAAAUGAUGUGACGGUGACCUACUCUCAAUCUAGGUGGGCAGUUAAAAUGCAAAAAAGCACCGUCGGGCUGUGCUUGCUCAGGCUGCUCUCUUAAUUGGUUGCUGUUGGUGGCAACAUUUAAGCAGGUUUGGUGAAAAUAGUUACUGCUUGUGAAACUUACAGUUUAUCACCCAAAUCAAAAAGGUGUCCUCUCAACCGUGCUCUCUGGCCAACGAUAAAUACUGGGAACGUUUUAUAUAGUGCCUGAAACUGCAGAGCUAGCAAGCAAGCAGGACUGGGAAAAUGGAGAUAGGGUUAGCAAAUUGUGAUGAUGAUGAGAGGGGGGUUGGUAGUGGUGGUGGUGGUGGUGAUGAUGGUGGGAGUGGUGGUGAUGGUGAUGGUGGGGGUGGUGGGGUGAUGGAUCUGGAGAAGGGAUCAAGGAGCGGUGGCGGUGGAGGAGCGGUGAUGAUGUUCUUGGCUUGGGAGGAUCUGACGGUGCUGCUCCCACCCUUUGGGAAUAGACCCACGAAGAGGCUGCUCAAUGGGGUUACUGGGUAUGCUCAACCUGGGAGGAUCAUGGCUAUCAUGGGUCCUUCUGGUUCCGGCAAGUCCACUCUUCUCAACUCUUUAGCAGGGAGGCUCUCGGGAAAGGUCAUCAUGACUGGCAAUGUUCUUCUCAAUGGAAGGAAGAAGAGGCUGGACUACGGGGUGGCUGCUUAUGUUACUCAAGAGGAUGAAUUGCUGGGAACGCUGACAGUAAGAGAAACCAUCGCAUACUCGGCUCGCCUGCGGCUGCCGGCCGGCAUGAGUCGAGAAGAGGUAAACGAAACCGUCGAGGGAACGAUCCAGGAGAUGGGUCUUCUCGAAUGCGCCGAUACCCUGAUCGGAAACUGGCAUCUGAGAGGCAUCAGCGGCGGGGAGAAGAAGCGGCUCAGCAUCGCGCUGCAAAUCCUGAUGCGGCCACGCCUCCUGUUUCUCGACGAGCCCACCACCGGGCUCGACAGUGCCGCCGCGUUUUUCGUGGCCCAGAUUCUGCGGAACGUCGCCCGUUACGGCCGGACGGUCAUCGCUUCCGUUCACCAGCCGGGCAGCGAGGUCUUCGCUCUGUUCGACGACCUUUGCUUGAUCUCUGGGGGAGAAACGGUUUACUUCGGAGAAGCUAAGUCUGCCACGGAGUUCUUCGCUGAUGCUGGAUAUCCAUGUCCCAAGAGGAGAAGCCCUUCCGACCAUUUCCUUCGCUGCAUAAACUCGGAUUUCGACAACAUCACUGCCGCUCUUAUGGAGUCUGGUAGAAUGACGGAACCACCCAGUCGGCAUGCGGCAACUAAUUCGGCAACAAUGGAGAUGAAGCGCAAGCUGGUUGACAAAUACAAGAAGUCCCCGGAUGCAGCCAGAGCUAGAGCUAGGAUUCAAGAAAUCUCAGCCAUGGAAGGGUGUCUAAUGGAAACUGAAGCUGCAGCUGGAAGCCAGGCAACAUGGUGGAGGCAACUUUCGACAUUGACAAAGCGAUCAUUCGUCAACAUGAGUAGAGACAUCGGAUACUACUGGCUACGGAUAAUCACAUAUAUAAUCGUAUCCAUUUGUGUUGGUACCGUCUUUUUCGACGUCGGCACCAACUACAACGCCAUUCUGGCUCGCGGUUCCUGUGGCGGAUUCAUAUCGGGGUACAUGAUUUUCAUGUCCAUCGGGGGCUUCCCGUCCUUCAUUGAAGAAAUGAAGAUCUUUCGCCUGGAGAGGCUCAAUGGGCAUUACGGAGUCGGCGUGUUCAUUCUCUCCAACUUCCUUUCCUCCUUGCCGUUUUUGAUUUUCAUGUCGUUUAGCAACACAAGCAUUAUUUACUACAUGGUCAAAUUACGGCCUGGCUUCUCUCAUUUCAUCUACUCCGGGCUCGACCUUCUGAGCUCCAUCGCCGUCGUGGAGAGCUGCAUGAUGGUGGUCGCUUCUCUGGUUCCCAAUUUCUUAAUGGGACUUAUCACCGGCGCCGGAAUCACCGGGAUCAUGAUGAUGACGGCAGGGUUCUUUCGGUUCUUCCCCGAUCUCCCCAAGCCGGUUUGGCGCUACCCGAUUUCAUAUAUCAAUUACAUGGCAUGGGCAUUACAGGGAGGGUACAAGAACGACAUGAUCGGGCUGGAGUUCGAGCCGCCCCGGCCAGGACAGCCGAAGCUGAAGGGCGAGGUGAUCAUCAACACGGUGCUGGGAGUCUCGCUGGAGCAUUCGAAAUGGUGGGAUUUAGCCGCCGUUGUGCUGAUUCUCGUAUGUUACAGGCUGCUCUUCUUCGUCAUUCUGAAGCUCAAGGAGAGAGCCUCGCCGGCGUUCCGACUACUUUAUACGAAGACCACUCUGCAUCGGCUCAGGAAGAGGGCAUCGUUCAGGAAAACGCCGUCGUUUCCUUCAAAGAGACAGCAAGUCAUGCAUUCGCUAUCUUCUCAAGAGGGCCUUAGCUCUCCCAUUUAGAGCCAUCAGCCCCUCACAUCCACACCCCAAACUAUAUACAUUUCUCCUUGUCAUUAAUAUAUGAUUUUUUAAAUAAUUAUCCAAUACUUUAAAUAGAUUGUGUA